GAUUAAUACACUAGCGUUCGGGAAAAUGUAUUUUUCUCAGUCGUGACAUAAAGCCAGCCGAUAAUCUGCCUGCUAUUGAUCCAGACAUGGAAGAAGUCUUGGCUGAGGAAGAGAUUGAAGAAGCUGUCGAUGAAGCAGCUGCUGAGUUGAGCGAGGCACGAGAACAAACACCACCAGCCGAUAUCCCGGCUCCUCAAAGAACGCCUCCAACACCAAUUGCCCUAGCUCGGCAAACCAGGCAAAAGAAAUCUGCUGGAAGGAAAAAGCCAGCACCAGUACCAUCUCCAGCUCCAUCGCCUUCUCCUCCUUCACCUCCUGCCCAGCCAGCAUCUAGUGAACAUACUCCAUCGGCUGCAAGCAGUCACAAUGUAGAAGAAGAAGUCCAAGCCCCUCCUACUAUCACUGUCUUGGCCGAUAUGUUCUCCUUUGAUAUUCGGCAAUACUUCGAUGAAGAAGAGGAAGACACCACUAGCAAGGCUCUUGCCCCUCUAACUGAUGAUGUGAAAAGGAAUCUCCAAGAUAUAUCAACUCGGUUGGAGGCCUCUCUAGAUGUAUUGGUCGCCUACUGUGGAUCAAUAAGAACUAGGUUCAAUGAAAUCCAAGACUUGAUCCCAUAAGACUUGGUUGCUGCACUGACUCCGGCUGCUUUCCUUGAGCAACAUCAAUUUAAAUUAGAGAAAGCAAGGCAAAGGAUAGCUGAUCGGCGAGAAAGAAAAGACAUUGAAGCAACUAUCCAAGCCAAUCGGCUGUCCGUGAACAAGGAGAAGGCAAGGUUAGAUCAGCUAUCCAUUGGGCCGGUGCCUAUUCAAUCCAAUAUAGAUCGGCUAGAAUCUCGAAGGAUUGAGGUCUUGGCUCAGCUUGAAGAGUGCAACACCGAGUUAGCCUUAAAGAGGCAAAAGUUAGCCGAUCUGCCCAAGGUUGUUGAAGAACAGAAGUUGAAGUUGAAGGCUACCAUCAGAAAUGUUGCCGAUCUAACCAAGUCCUUGAAGUUUGUUCCUGGAACCGACGCCCAAGAUGAAGUGGAGCAAAUUAGGCAGAGGGCAAUAUCGGCUAUUCAAAGAUACCUUGCCGAUUGAACUGAUGAUAUGUAAUAGGACUUAGAAAUAUUUUUGUAACUGGCUUUAAAACUCUUGUGCUUCCGUAGUUUGCUCUCAUGAACUUGAU